AUGGACGAGGGAGGCACCAAUAAAGCGCACGUCUUAGGGGAUUCGAGUUAUAACGGAGGUGCAGACAACGAAAGAGCUGUUUCUGUUGAGCUGGAUGGGCAGACUUCGGCGCAGGAUCCAGGCUCCAGUUUCGACCAGCAGGCGGUCCCUGUCAGCCUGUGCGUGGUUGCCGGUGGCAUGUCCGACGGCGACGACCAUGGCGAUACAGUCAGCGGGUGGUUGCGCCACACUCCUGAGUGCGCAAUGCUGCCUAACAGCGGUUGCGGACCAACUGCAGAGGGGGCGAUGCCAGGCGACACAUUUGCCCGAGAGCGCUCCCCAGUAACAGAAGGUUUUAUCGUCACGCCGCACCAGCAUGCAGCGUCUGCUGACGCCGCUCAGCAGCCGCACUCUACGGAGAGCGAAGCCACUCUCGACACCGUCCUAAACUCCCCCCACAUCGGAAGAGACCAUGAUAAAGAUGAUGCGAUCAACCAAAAACUGAGAAGCCGCCUUGAAUCGGAGGCUGCCGCGUUGGAGAGGGCAGCCGAGACGCUGAUUGAGUUAAAGGCUCAGGAGGACUACUUGAGGAAGCGAAGCAUUUCACGGGAGGAUGCAAUGCGAUUCUGGCUCAAGAAAGCUGAUGCCCAGAAGAAACACCUGGUGUUUCUGCGCGAACAGUGCGCGACAGGUGGAAGCAUCGAGAAGUUGAAGAGCAUCCAGAAUCAAAUCCGAGAAAAGGAAAUCGUCUUGAGGGAGCUGAAAGCUGUUGAUGUCGGUCUGGAGAGAGUACGCCGGCAACAGGAUAUGGCAGUGCAGCAUAUUGAAGCGAAGAAUUACGCUCUCCCACGGAAAGUAAGUUUGGCGAUGGCGAUGGGGCCAGGGAACAGUGCAUCGAAACAGGAGCCACACUGGACCCUGACCGUCGAACACGCAUCGUAG